UGCAAACAAUCACUUUGGUCGCAUCUCUUUAUCUCGGCUCAAAGCCCUCCCACCUCCACCAUCACAAUCGGCGACGGAAAGUAAAGUUAUCGUGACAUAGUUGAAGAGCAGAGCAUCUUCUUGUCUCUUUAGUGACAAUUGUCUUUCUAGGUUUCACUCUUUCUCGGCGACUCGCCGCUACAGUCAAAAGUUGUCAUCUCGGGUGUUGUAUGCUUGCUGCUAGUCAGCAGAAGAGAAGCUAAGGUGGGGUUACAACUGUGAUGCUGAAUGUUUGGGCCAACAGGUGGGCUAGGGAUGAAUCCUUCAAUGGAUGAUAUUAACUUAUUACAGCAGGCACAAAGGCAUCAGCUUGUUGUAACCAAUCUUGGGGAAGAGAUUGAUUUAGAAAUUGGAACUGGAGAGGAUGAAGCCGCUUUCGCCAGCAAUUCUCUGAUCGGAGGGACGCCAAGGGAGCCUUCCACUGGGGAACAUGAUGAGACAAAGCAUAUGGUUUUGGUAUCUGAUCUUCCGGGAGAGGAUCAAGAUAUGUCAAAGGGGCAGACGUCGGCGAAGAGAAAGAAGAAAGUUGUCAAACGGUGGAGAGAGGAGUGGGCUGACACGUACAAGUGGGCUUAUGUCGAUAUGAAAGAAGGAACGGCGAGGAUAUUCUGUUCUGUCUGCAGAGAGUAUGGUAGGAAACAUCGGAGAAACCCGUACGGGAAUGAAGGAAGCAGAAACAUGCAGAUGAGUGCGUUGGAAGAACACAACAAUAGUUUGCUACACAAAGAGGCUCUCCGUCUCCAAACGGCCUCCAAGGAUAAGAUUGUUGUUGACAAGCCCAUCUAUGUGAAGACUCUUAUGUCAAAGAGUGCUGGUUCAAUUGUUGAGGGAGCCCUGAAACGAGAUCCUAAUGAGAUUGAAUUUAUUCAGUCUGUACAAGAAUCUGUGCAUGCUCUAGAGCGGGUAAUUGCAAAGAAUUCUCAUUAUGUCAACAUUAUGGAGCGGCUAUUAGAACCUGAACGUAUGAUAGUGUUCCGGGUUCCAUGGAUUGAUGACCGAGGUGAAACACAUGUAAACCGAGGCUUUAGAGUGCAGUUCAAUCAAGCACUGGGCCCAUGUAGAGGAGGUAUAAGGUUUCAUCCAUCCAUGAACUUGAGCAUCGCCAAAUUUCUUGGCUUUCAGCAGACGUUGAAAAAUGCUUUGUCACCUUAUAAACUUGGAGGGGCUUCUGGUGGAAGCGACUUUGAUCCUAAAGGAAGAAGUGACAACGAGAUUAUGAGAUUUUGCCAAAGUUUCAUGAAUGAGAUGUACAGAUAUAUGGGUCCGGACAAAGACCUUCCGUCAGAAGAGGUUGGUGUUGGUACUCGGGAAAUGGGAUAUCUUUUCGGACAGUACAGACGGCUUGCUGGUCAGUUUCAGGGAAGUUUUACAGGACCACGGAUAUAUUGGGCUGCUUCUAGCCUCAGAACUGAAGCUAGUGGCUAUGGCGUGGUGUACUUUGCACGACUAAUGCUUGCAGAUAUGAAUAAAGAAAUAAAGGGAUUAAGAUGUGUUGUGAGUGGUUGCGGGAAGAUAGCGAUGCAUGUUGUAGAGAAGCUAAUUGCCUGUGGGGCUCACCCUGUUACAGUUUCAGAUUCAAAAGGAUAUUUGGUGGAUGACGAUGGAUUUGAUUAUAUGAAACUUGCCUUCUUGAGAGAUAUAAAAUCCCAACAGAGAAGUCUGAGAGACUAUUCAAAGACGUAUGCAAGGGCGAAGUACUUUGAUGAAGUAAAGCCGUGGAAUGAAAGGUGUGAUGUGGCGUUCCCCUGUGCUUCUCAGAAUGAAGUUGAUCAAGCAGAUGCUAUUAAUCUGGUCAAUGCAGGCUGUCGCUUACUGGUAGAAGGUUCAAACAUGCCGUGUACAGCUGAAGCAGUUGAUGUUUUCAGAAAGGCGAAUGUUCUGAUUGCUCCUGCCAUUGCUGCUGGAGCUGGAGGAGUUGCUGCCGGAGAAAUUGAAGAACUCCGUGAAUCUAAUUCAAUGCAAUGGUCAGCAGAAGAUUUUGAGUCUAGAUUACAGGAAGCACUGAAGCAGACUUAUGAGAAAGCUCUCAAAGCAGCUAAUGAUUUCGGUUAUCAGAAAGAGAGUCCUGAGGCUCUUCUACACGGAGCAACAAUUGCAGCAUUUUUGAAUAUAGCUCAAGCUAUGACAGACCAAGGUUGUGUCUAGCUAUAAAAUGAUCCUGCAUCUAAGAGUCCCAGCAGGGUUUGUCUUAAAGUUAAAAUCCAAGCGAAGAAGGCGUAUUGUACUCUCUGUGACAUGUCAUUAUUUAGAAACUAUAUACUUUGAUAGCAUUAAUGUUUAUUAGCUAUAUAAACAUAGCUUUCCAUUGCUUAUAUGUUCUUUAACUUUAUAGGUAAUGAAUGGAAUACACUAAUGACCCCUUCUUGUAAACAAGAUUUAAUUAAUUGUCUUUUGAGA